AUUGAAUAGCUCACUGCUCUUUGUUGAGAGUGUUUACGGCAUCGCUUUCUUUCACGUUGAUGCGCAAGCUCGUUCAGUGUCUUGCUCUGUCUGUCACCCACACUCUCGACUUUUAGCGCUCGGUUGAAAAUGAUUUCUAUUCGACGAUCACCGGCAGCCCGACUGUUCGCCGCCAUAUGCCUCUUGCUGCAAGUGUCGCUUGCCAUCUGUGCCGUGGACCAGCUGAAGUUCAGUCUGCUGUUGCCAAGGUCUCUCGAGGGAUAUGGCGAGCUCUGCGAUGACAUCAAAAAUGCGCUCGACCUCUUCGUCGCUCAGAAGAAUGCCGUCUACAAUACCAACAACGUGAACAUCUCGCUCACCUUCUACGAUACCCAAUACAAAGCCGCUAUUGCCGCUGCGGCCGUCACCGACUCAGUUUCCAAUGGUGCUAUUGGCAUUCUUGGAGAACUGGCCUCCGGGAUGGCUGGUCCGGUCUCCAACCAGCUGCUCCCGAAUCAGAUUAUGCAGUGUUCGGGCUCUACCACGGCCGCCGGGCUCAACCAGAAACAGUAUCGAUACUUCUUCAGAACGAUCCCCGCAGAUGACAAUCAAGGCGUGGUGCUGAACCAGAUCUUGUCUCGAUACGGCUGGAAGCGCAUCGGGAUGAUAUACGCAGACACCUCUUACGGAAACGGGAUUGCAAACAGUUUGCUUAGCAAAGCCGCGGCGAGCCAGGUCACCGUCUUAGCGAACGAAAAAUUCAACACCGAUUACUCCAACCUGCAGACUGCAUUGCAGAACGUCAAAGACUCUGGAGCUCGUAUCAUCGUCGUCGUCUGCGAACCGCCAGACUACAUGCUUUUGGUUCCCGCCGCGCGCAAACUUGGCAUGUAUGGGCCGCAAUUCGUCUGGAUCAGUACGGAGGCCGCUAUGGGUGUCGCCGCGAACCUCAGGGCGGGUAUCCCGGCAGGGACCUAUACCCAAGCGGACUUGGACGCGGUUAACGGCCUGCUCAUCAGUAACCCAGUCGAGGGACAGGGUGCUCUGUACGACCAAUUCAACGCCGAUUACAAGGCAAAGUUCAGUAAGGACACUGGGCAAUACUCUCUGUUCUUCACGGAUUGUUUGCGGUUGAUGCUCGCCGGGUUGGAAAACUACCAAACUACCUCGGGGACGCCGUGGUCACAGAUUGCUGCCGGGCAGGGGUACCCGCGAGACCUGACAAAGUUGCUCGGACCAUUGACACUCGCCGCCUCCACCGGCUUGACCGGCCACGUCGAGUUUGACCGGAACUUUGAUCGCGUUGGGACCUACCAGGUUGUCAACAUCGUCAAGGGGAGCAACGUCGUCAUCGGAGCGACAACAAAUGCCACUUAUAACGUCGUGUCAAACGGUGUCUCGGCGAUCUUCGCCAGCGGGACUACUGAUAUUCCCACCUCGGAAUUGGUCUUUUUCCCGGACUGGACGGAGUAUAAGGAUCCGAUUGCGAUCGUCCUUAUGGUCCUCUACGCCGUCAUGAUGGGUGUCAACUUUGCCUCGAUUGCUCUCGUGUACAAGUGGAGGUCGCAUACGCAAGUCAAAGCCUUGUCGCCGGAGUUCAUGAUCAUCAUGGGUCUUGCCAUGCAACUGGCCUAUGCAACUAUCUUCACGUUGAUCGGUGAGCAGACGCAGUCAAAGUGUAUGGCUCGUCCUUGGCUGUACGGAUUCGCUUUUGUGGUCGUGACCAGUUGCUUGAUUGGAAAGAGUUAUCGUCUGUCCAGAGUAUUUGCCAAUAAGCGUCUAGCGACACCCAUUGGCAUGGCCCAACUGCUUCCGUUAACUGGAAUGUUCGCGCUCGGCGAGCUUAUCAUCCUCGCUGUGUGGACUGGAUACUCUCCGUUAAAACCGCAAAGGGUGUCGAACAUUACGACAGCUACAUUCGUCAAUGUCUGUAUGUCUGACAGAGGAAACGGAGGAUUUGUUGGUACCAUCCUCGGGUACAAUGCGGUGCUUUUGGUCGCAACGACAUGGUUGGCGAUCGCAACCCGGAACGUGCCCAGCAGAUUUUCUGAUGCAAAGUUCAUUGCUCUUGCUGUGUAUUCGCUUUUGAUCUGGUGCACGUUGAUCAUUGCGAUGUCCUUCAUUGGGGGUUCAUCGCCUAGUCUCGUGUUUUACAUCACUUCGUUCGGCGUGUUGUUCGUGACCACCACAACUUGGGCGCUCUUAAUCGGCCGUGUAGUCAUUUCGCACUGGAGCGAGCUUCAAGCCCUCAAAUUCGACGAGAGUACGAACCCCUUAAAGGAUCAAAGCAAGAGCACUAUGCUCGUCGCACCGGCUGGGGCAGUUAAGAAAUCCCACCCAUUAGGCGCUCCUUUGAGCACGAAUAGUCAGCAAACCGGACAGCCGAUAACGCAGCACGGCGAUGUUGGGCUCCGCGGCUUGAUCGCUCAGUUCCCAGUUAAGGCCAUCACAAUCUUGCCCUGGCUGUCCAAGUGGGAGCUUUUCGAGGCUGUUUUAACAAUCAUGCCGGUGCCCCGCCUGUACCUGCGCUCGGUGACGCCCGGCGCUGCCGAGAAGGCCUACUGCGUUGACGCCGCGACCCUACGCGUAUCUCGCCGGAACAUCAAUGGCACGGGAAGCACGGUUGCGGAAUCUGGGUCGGAGGACAGGGGUGUUCCUGCAUUUGAGAUUGAGUUCGGCGGCCGGAGAAUGCUCUUUGAAGCUUCCGACGAGAAGCAGUUCGAACAGUGGUAUAAUCUGCUGAGAAUGGCGAGCAAGCGAAUGAACGAUGGGCAGUCGGGCAGCUCGUCUGUGCCUUCCCAUACGGCGCCGCGUUCUGCUGCUGGAGCUGUGUCUCAACCCGGAGUGUGAGGACGGGUGGAAAGAGAUCCGUUGCUGUUCAGUUUUGGUUACCCAUUUUGGUUUUCAUAGCUAACCCCCCAUGAUCCUGCUGGAUAUUAUGUCGUCGUUCGCGCAAUAAAAACAUCUCUCGACUGCAAA